CACCUGCAGCCCUGGUGGGCAGUGGCAGUGUGAGGACCAUGCCUGCCUGAUGGAUGGGGAGCUGAUCGAUGCCAUCAACAGGGGCAAUUAUGGCUGGAGAGCCGCCAACUACAGCCAGUUUUGGGGCAUGACGCUGGAGGAUGGGAUCCGGCACCGCCUGGGUACCUUCCGGCCCUCUCCCACCGUCAUGAACAUGAACGAGAUGCACAUGAACAUGGACUCCAACGAGGUGCUGCCCCGCCACUUUGAUGCAGCCGCGAAGUGGCCCGGGAUGAUCCACGAGCCCCUGGACCAGGGCAACUGUGCCGGUUCCUGGGCCUUCUCCACGGCGGCUGUCGCCUCGGACCGCAUCUCCAUCCACUCCAUGGGGCACAUGACGCCCGCCCUGUCACCCCAAAACCUCCUGUCCUGCGACACCCGCAACCAGCGGGGCUGCAGCGGGGGACGGCUGGAUGGCGCCUGGUGGUACCUCCGCAGGCGAGGGGUGGUGACAGACGAGUGCUACCCCUUCACUAGCCAGGAGACCCACGCCAACGAGAUCUACCAGUCCACCCCUGCCUACCGCCUCUCCUCCAGCGAGAAGGAGAUCAUGAAGGAGCUGAUGGAGAACGGCCCCGUGCAAGCCAUCCUGGAGGUGCACGAGGAUUUCUUCAUGUACAAGAGCGGGAUCUAUCGGCACACGCCGGUGGCCGAGGGGAAGGGGCCGAAGCAUCAGAGACACGGGACCCACUCCGUCAAAAUCACUGGGUGGGGAGAAGAGCAGCUGCCUGAUGGCCAGACCCAAAAAUACUGGGUGAGUG